CUUCUUCUUUCUUUAAACUUCCCGGGCCAGACACAUGCAGUAGAACAAAAUAGGUGGAAAAAAGUUUCAGCUUUUCACUGUAUUGUGUAUGUGCACCCGCACGAUCAAACAAGACGCCAGAAGCUGAUCGUUCUGUGGUGCUCGCUGGAAGUACCCUGGGCCGGUGUUUUCAGUUUUCUGCUGAUAGGAGCACUGUCUGGGGUGUGAGGUAAGUAAAUACAAUCACUUGGGUGCCUAACUUUUGGCACCCCCAAGUAAAGAGCACCUUUCUUUCUCCUUUAACACCUAGGGCCCAUCUACAAGUCUCCUCUGCCUCUUUUAAGGUGUAUCAUCCCAGAGCUCAUACAAUGACAGUGCCCCCUCCAGAGUCCAUAGUGUUCCCUGUCCCUCAAGGUGUAGGAUCCAGUGCCCAUAUAUUUACUCUAUUCUCUGUCCCCAAUAGUAUAGGAACCCAGAGUGUAUAUAAUGACAGUAUCCACUGUUCCUCAAAGCAUAUGAUUCCAUACUCCAUACAUUCUGUGGAGCAGCAUAUGAGCUUGCACUCGACAAUGGCUCUGACAUACAGGCCGGCCUUAUGUGUUUUGUGCCACCUGUCACUUUAUCACAGGAGCCCAACAUCAGGCAAUAUGCACAAAUCAGUGUAGCUGACUAUAUUUUUUGCAUUGCUUUCCCCCAGAACUUAAGCAUCUUUAAGGGUCCUUUACAUAUAGGCAAAUCGCCAUGCUUCUUGAGAAUUCUUUCUAACAAGAAUUCCUGUGUUAUGGUCGACACUCUGGGAGUGGCGCCCACCUCAAUUGUGCCUGAUGCAUCCAAGCAUGGUGUGGAAAUUGUAUCACAUAUGAAAAUGGUAUUAGUCAAAAGAAAAUUUGCCAAGCUUAUAUUUAUUAUUUAUAAUGAUUUUAUAGUCAUAUUUCAUCCAAUAUUGGUGAAUUGCAGAUUUAUAUGUUCCAUUAUAUGACCAUUCUGUGUUGUGUUGUGUUGUGUAUUCUUUUCAAUUGCUGCUCAGACUCAACUGGCACAUGCCACUCAAACAACAGCUCUCAGGAGCCAACUGUCAUAACUGUCAUUUAGCCAGUGUGGAGUGACUGCAGGGAGCUUGUGUGAGUUGGAGAGAGUUUUUGGAGAUUACAGCGAUAGAAGAAGACAUUUGAGCAGAAAGGUGAGUUUGUAGUGCGGAGGAAGAAAAAAGCAGCAGAAGAAGAAGAAAGAAGAAGAAGAAAGAACAUCCUUGGAAAAGAAGAAUAAUGGAGAAGAAGAGGAGAAUAUCUGAGAGUCCAGUGGAGGAACCAGCUAAAGGAAAAAAGAUACAACUGAAGGAUUUAAGGAUUUGCAUAGAACGUCUGAAGCAAUAUCCACUGAGAAGAAAAAGACAGGGAAGUCCAGAGGAGAACCCAGCUGCAGGAAAAAAGAUAAAGCUGAAGGAUUUAAGGAUUUGCAUAGAACGACUAAAGCAAUAUCCACUGAGAAGCAAACGACUGAAAGGUCCGGAGGAGAACCCAGCUGCAGAGGAAAAGAUUACAUGUAAAGAAAUAGAGACGAAUAAACAAAUUGACAGAGAUGUGGAUCGAAAGCAAUAUCCACAGCGAAGGAAAAGACCAAGAAGUCCAGAGCAGAGCCCAGCUGGAGGAAAAGAGAAGGUUAGAGAGGACGCCAAAACAUCGGAGUACCUCGAUAUUGAAAAUUACAGCCUUAUUAAAGAACUAGGAGAAGGCAACUUCGGCAAGGUGGUGUUGGCAUCGUUUAAAAUCAAGAACCAACUAACUGCAAUCAAGAUCAUUGAGAAGCAGCGGGAGGAAGAUUUUGAAUAUGUCAGACGAGAGGCAUCGGUUCUCCAGAUUGCUGGCAGAUGCCCAUUUCUAUGCCGGGCAAUGGCAACAUUCCAAACUAAGUCACUAAUCCUGCUAGCCCUGGAGUACGUCAAUGGCGGAACACUGGAGAACAUCAUCGAGGACCGAGGACGUCUGAGUAACAAGCAACGUGCUGUAAGUAGCAAGCUCCUUAGACAGAAGUACUAA